ACUGAGCUCGGCACUCUCAAAUACUCUGUCUUAGCGAUUGCAGUGGUGUGUGCUUCAUUCUUUCUUAUUUAUUCUCCUCGGCUCCACCUCCAUCAGCAACAGAUUGUUUCAUUCGAGAAUCAAAACGGAUUUGACUGCUGAUUUAAAUACACACAAAGAGUGAACUACAAUGAACCUUAAACUUUUUACAAUUCUACUAUUUUGUCUAAUAGCUGUUUCUAAAUCAGCCGAGGAGGAAUAUGAUUACGAGGAAGAAGCUGCACCCGCUCCAGUAACACCUGCCCCAGCAAAACCUGCUAGUCGAUUGGGAGGACUUCUUGCAGCCCGAAAUAGACCACUUCCUGGCAAAAAAACCACACAAUUAACGUCAACAACAGCAAAAGCGAUAGAACAUCCUGUUGAUGAGGAUGUUGAAGGUGAUGAGGGUGCUGAAGAAAAGCAAGAAGAAGAAGUCCAUGUCACAACAACAGAGGCAUCGAAAAAAUUAAAAGGUGGAGUUGUCAGGCCCUUCAGGUCAAAUGAAGAUCUAUUGGCUGCUUUAAAACGAAGAAGAGCUCAAGUUGGUUCAAGUCAUUCCAAGGACCACAGUUCAACACAUUCUCCAGCUGAAGCUACAUCAUCAGCAUCGAAAUUUAAAUCGGCAUCAAGUGGAAGCAGAAGAAACAGUGGAAAUGCAGAAGCAACAUCAAAACCAACGAGUCGUGGAAGGUUUGGUUCCACUCGGGGUUCGAAACCAGUUCAAGAGGAUGUUGAGGAAACUCAACAUGAUGAAGUUCAAGUAAAACCGAAAUCGUUUCGUAGAGGUUAAAUUUAAAAUAAAAAAAAAACGAGUGGGUGAAAUAAUGUUACACGAACUUUCGAAUCUGUUGUUCCUUUGCGUUUAAAAGAAAGUUGUGAUAUGUGCGGCAUAAUGAGAAAACUGCGUUUCAAAAUAUAGACUGACAUCGCCUCUAUUAUUGCCUCAUCAACUUUUUUUUUUUUUUUUUUUUCUUUUUUUUUAAACUCUCCAAAUGAAAUUUAUUAUGAUUCAAUAUUAUAAUAUUUAUUGAAAUGAAAAUUCUUUUUUCAACGAAUAACGCACCAUUAAAUCAAAGUGAUUCAAUUAUAUGUGCCUUAAAUAUAGUAUAUAUAGAAUUAUAACGCUAUCGUCAAAUUUUUGAAAAAAAAUUUGACCAAAAACAGUGUGUGAUUUUUCCUUUCUUGUAAAUUUUAACUAAAAAGAAAAGAAUAAAAUUUUGUACAGAGCCUUGUUUUUACAAAGAUAAAAAAUAAACGAAGAAAUGAAGAUUGCUGUAAAUUUUUAAGAGCCAACGACAACCAAAUAUAUACAUACACGUAUAUAUGUAUAAUUGUGGAGAAUAUAAGUUGUGACGGUUAAUUAAAAAAUAUUCGUAAUACGAUAA